AACUAUGCUUUCCCAUUACAUAACCAACCAAACCAAACCACAAAAAAUAAAAAUAAAAACAUUAUUUAAAAAGCUUAUAUAUACACGAGAUUUUCGGGCACAUACAUUACAUCACAUACCAUACCAUAUAUAUCAACUUCCCAUUUUGUUGAUUUUUCCUCUUUUUCUGUCUGCAUAAUUUCAAAGCUUAAAAAAACAGUUGAAAACAAACUUAAUUGUUUUUGUUGAUUAUUCUUUGGCUUAGGAGAGACUAGAAUAAAUUGCUACUAAUUAACGGUGUUAAUUAGCCUAAACAAAGUUUUUGGAUAUGGCAACUGAUGAUUUUGUGAAUGGUGUCGGUGGUGGUGUUAAGGAUCACUAUGGUGAAGAUAGUGCUACAGAGGAUCAACUUAUCACACCAUGGAAUUUCUCUGUUGCUAGUGGACACACUUUGUUGAGAGAUCCACGCUACAACAAAGGACUUGCCUUCACUGAGAAAGAAAGAGAUUCUCAUUAUGUUCGCGGCCUUUUGCCUCCGGCUAUCUUCACUCAAGAACUUCAGGAAAAGAGGUUGAUGCACAAUCUUCGUCAGUAUGAUGUGCCUCUUCACAAGUACAUAGCAUUAAUGGAUCUUCAAGAGAGAAAUGAAAGGCUGUUUUACAAGAUUCUGAUUGAAAAUGUCGAAGAAUUGCUUCCUGUUGUUUACACUCCAACAGUCGGAGAAGCCUGCCAGAAAUACGGAAGCAUUUAUAGGCGUCCUCAGGGUCUAUAUAUCAGUUUGAAGGAGAAAGGCAAGAUCCUUGAGGUGCUUAAAAACUGGCCAGAAAAGACUAUUCAAGUUAUUGUUGUGACCGAUGGUGAACGUAUAUUAGGACUAGGAGAUCUUGGUUGCCAGGGAAUGGGAAUUCCUGUUGGAAAACUUUCUCUCUAUACUGCAUUAGGAGGUGUUCGCCCUUCAGCCUGCUUGCCAAUAACCAUUGAUGUUGGAACAAACAAUGAGAAGUUGCUGAAUGAUGAAUUUUACAUUGGCCUUAGGCAGAAGCGAGCAACUGGAAAGGAAUAUGCAGAGCUCCUAGAAGAGUUUAUGCACGCAGUUAAGCAGAACUACGGAGAGAAAGUUCUUGUGCAGUUUGAAGAUUUCGCGAAUCAUAAUGCGUUCGAACUUCUGGAUAAAUACAGCUCAUCUCACCUUGUUUUUAAUGAUGAUAUACAAGGUACAGCUUCUGUGGUAUUAGCGGGAUUGCUUGCUUCCCUUAAAUUAAUUGGGGGAACCUUAGCUGACCACACAUUCUUAUUCUUGGGAGCUGGAGAGGCUGGAACUGGUAUAGCCGAGCUAAUUGCUCUUGAGAUUUCAAAGCAGACAAAAGCUCCGGUUGAAGAGACUCGCAAGAAGAUUUGGCUUGUGGAUUCCAAGGGUCUUAUUGUUAGCUCUCGUCAGCAAUCCCUUCAACACUUCAAAAAGCCUUGGGCUCAUGAGCAUGAACCUGUUAAGGACCUUCUAAAUGCUGUCAAGGCAAUCAAGCCAACUGUAUUGAUUGGAACAUCUGGAGUAGGAAAGACAUUUACCAAGGAGGUAGUUGAAGCCAUGGCAUCCUUGAAUAAGAAACCUCUCAUUUUUGCACUCUCCAACCCAACUUCACAAUCUGAGUGCACAGCUGAAGAAGCUUAUACAUGGAGCAAGGGCAAAGCAAUUUUUGCUAGUGGAAGUCCAUUUGAUCCUGUUGAAUAUGAAGGAAAAGUUUUUGUUCCUGGACAGGGCAACAAUGCUUACAUUUUUCCCGGCUUGGGUUUGGGUUUAAUCAUGUCUGGUGCAAUCCGCGUGCGUGACGAGAUGCUCUUGGCAGCCUCUGAAGCUUUGGCUGCACAAGUAUCACAGGAGCACUAUGAUAAGGGACUGAUAUACCCUCCAUUCACAAAUAUCAGAAAGAUAUCAGCCAACAUUGCUGCUAGUGUUGCAGCCAAGACAUACGAACUUGGUCUGGCUUCUCAUCUACCUCGACCAAAGGAUCUCGUCAAAUACGCAGAAAGUUGCAUGUACAGCCCAGGCUAUCGAAGCUACCUUUGAGAUUUUGAUAAAAAUAAUGUGGAUUUCGUUCUCAUUCUGCAGUGUUAGGAACCGAUUUGAUUUAUUUUAUUGCUUACUAAGAGUGUGGUGUAUAAGGCAUUGCCAUUUGAUUUGAACUUCAAUUCUUCAACCUGUUCCAAGGUUGACUUUACCAAUCUUUCAAAAUAUUGACUUGUAAGAAGAAGGAAAACCAUUAUCAAUAAUAUUCACAUUCCUUUUUCAACUUA